GUGGAACUCGGGAAGCAGGAAACCGGGGAAGAACCAAAAUAAGAAAAUAAUAAGAUAAAUUGUGUUCAGGAAAAGACUUCCACACUUACAAAUCUGUAUCUUCCAAGAUACCAUUUUCAUUUUCUACAAAGCUUGCUUGUGCCAACAUGUUUCUUCCUCGCAACUCAUUCAUGCCCACUUACUCAUUCCCAAAUUCAAAGUUCAAUCUUCGUUCCCUCAGUUCCCAACUUCACAGACUCUCCAUUCCCUACCCCGCACCACUCGGCGACAACCCUGCAUUAGUCACAACGAUUCAUCAAUCCUUAUUCAAGAAUCACCGUCAGUUGCUUUUGAUUACAAGUAGCAGUCCCCCAAAUUCCAAGGCAUUUCCAAGUACAUUUAAUGGUGACACUAGAGUAAAUGAUGAACCGUUGAAGAAUCAGAUACCUGAAUACCCAAAACGUAGAGAUGGGGAGAAGAGUUUUUGGGGUGCAGUGGGUUUGAUCAUUGGCACUGCAGUAGGGCCUGGGAUGCUGGGUUUACCUGCUGCAACAAUAAAGUCAGGCCCACUUCCAUCAACUACUUUCAUUCUCCUUUCCUGGGUUUAUGUUAUUUCCACCAUCAUUCUUGUUGCCGAGCUUAGUUUUGCAGCUAUGGAAGAAGAUGGGGUUGCAGAGGUCAGCUUUACUGGCCUUGCAACGAAGGCACUGGGAAGCCGAUUUGGUGCUUUUGUUGCGGUGAUUUAUGCUUCAUUGAGUUUCUCUUUGUUAGUGGCUUGUGUUUCUGGCAUUGGUUCCAUUGUUUGUCAGUGGUUUCCCUGGAUGAAUUCAGUACUGGCUCAUGCUUUAUUUCCUCUUUUUGUUGGAACUCUGAUGGGGUUCUUUCCCUUUAAGGCUAUUGAUGUUGCAAAUCGGCUUCUAUGCUUCCUCAUGCUUUUCUCCAUAACUGCAUUAGUGCUCAUUGGAGUAUCUGUAGCCAGAAUAAAUAUAUUAGGUUCAUUUGCUCAUGCCUCAUGGAGCGUUUCAUCAAUUUUACCUGCUUUACCUGUUACCGUGCUCACAUUUGGUUUCCAUGUGAUCACUCCUUUUAUUUGCAAGAUUGCUGGAAAUUCUGUAUAUGAAGCCCGAAAAGCAGUGUUAAUUGGAGGAGUAGUUCCGUUGCUCAUGGUUCUAUCAUGGAAUUUGAUUGUUUUGGGACUUGCUGGAACCAAUUCUGCUGUCUCACCAGGGGACCCCAUAUCCCUCUUGCUUUCUGUGAAUCCUUCUGCAUUAUCUGCUGUGCAAGGCUUUGCCUUCUCUGCUUUAGCAACUAGCUUGAUAGGAUAUGCAGUAAGCUUCCCAAAACAACUUCUCGAUACCUUGAAUUUGAUUUUAAGCAAACCUGAUUCAGAAAAACUGAAAUGCUCUCAGCUUCAGUCAGUCUCCAAUAGCGAUGGAUCAGGAAGAGUUGGUUUUUUGAUUUAUUCCAGUCAGCAUGAUCUUUCAAAAGUUGGGAAAGUUUCAUUUGGCUCAAAAAUCACUUCAGCCUCAGAUGAAAAACAAAGGUCAAGCAUGGUCACGCUCAAUUCCUUGGAAAUGGUUGUAAUGCCACUUGUGCUCAUUGUCCCAGUCCUCAUAGCUUCUUUCUUCCCUUCAGCUUUCUCAAGAGCUCUUGAUUUUGCUGGGGUUUAUGCAAACUGCUUCCUGUUUGGCAUCCUUCCACCCUUAAUGGCAUACAUAUAUCAAUCAAAGAAGAAGAUCAGAUUAUCCAUCCUCCCGGGAGGAGAUGGUUUACUUAUGCUUCUGUUUGGCAUAGCUGUCAUUUUGGGGAUCUGGCACUAGAUGCAAGCAUAUCUGACUGCAGAAUUUCAUUUUUUUUCUCUCAUUCCUAUGAUAGAAUUGCACUUUUCCUAUAUGAUGUGUUUGAAUGUCAGAGUGCCAAAGUUAUGAAUUUGUUUCAUUUGAGGGAAAUCACCCAGAAGUAAUCUGGAACGAAAGAGAAUUUAACCAUCUGUAUUAAGGAGAGCACUUGCAAGUGGAACAUUUCUUUGAGUAGAAACUAGAAAGUGCUUCCAUUUAUAAGAACCAUGGUCCUGAUAUUUGUUUUCUUCUCUAAUAGAAGUUACUCUCACAA